AUGGGAAGGUUAUGUGGACUAUUAUAUCCCGUUUCUUAUGCGUCUAGGUUGACAUGGCGAAUAGCAUGUAUGGGUUUGAACUUUGAAAUUGAAGAGGAAGUGAUGUAUCCCAACUUGGUUAUACUUCAAAUUGAUGGUCGAUAUUUUGACAAGUUGAUCUAUAACAACCAUCCUUUAACUUGCAAGAUCUGCUUCAAAUUUGUGUAUCCUGAAGAGCUUGCGAGAAAAGUAAUACUCAUUACUGGAGCUUCCACUGGUAUUGGUGAGCAUUUGGCGAUUGAGUAUGCGAAAGAAGGGGCAUGUUUGAUAUUAGUUGCAAGAAGAGAGAAACAACUCCGAAUGGUGGCCAAAAAUGCUAAGGCAGUGGGAUCGCCCGAUGUGAUUGUGAUUCCAGCAGAUGUUUCGAAACUUGAGGAUUGUAACAAAAUUGUUGAUGAAACUAUCAAACAUUUCGGUAAAAUUGAUUACCUCAUAAACAAUGCUGCCAUAGGAAAGUUCGGUCUCUUUGAGGACUUAAAGUGUCUCACUGACCACACUUCUGUUAUGGAUGUUAAUUUUUGGGGAUCAGUAUAUACCACGCAUUUUGCACUUCCGCAUCUACGGAAAAACAAAGGAAAAAUAAUUGCGAUUUGUUCUUGUGGGGGAUGGUUUGCUACACCACGAGUAGGCGUCUAUAACGCUAGUAAGGCGGCGUUGCUAAGUUUCUAUGAAACAUUAAGGAUCGAAUUUGGUUCAGAUGUUGAUAUAUUAGUAGUGACUCCAGGAAUGGUCGAGACCAACUUAACUGAUAAAGAUUGGUUAGAAGAGGUACUUGCUAAGUUUACUUGAUAUCCGAAUUUUGGAUAUCCAAAAUUUCGGAUAUCCGGAUUUUCAGAUACGGAUUCGGAUGUCAAUAAGUACCAUCCGAAAUUUUCGAAUAUUCAAAAUUUAGGAUAUCCGGUUUUGAACACCCCUAGUUGCAGGCAUGGGGUGCAUUUUUGGGUUUGUGAUGGAAAAGCAAGAAGAAGAGAUUACUUUGUAGCCAGCAAUAGCAGUUACUUUCAGAAGAUAUAUGGCAAAGAUUUUGUUGGAACAGCUACUGAUCUAAGACCUGAUUGUGGCAUAAAUCAAAUGCUCUCGGUUAAAACCCCUGCUGGUGAAGUAAAGUUUGAAAGUCCUAAAGAAAUAGCCAAAGAAUACCAGAGGAUUACCAGUAUGUUCCUGAUAUUAGCUUUAGAACUGAUUGAGAAUGAAUACGAGUCAAUAGGAAAGCGACUUGGAAGUGUUUGA